AUGAAAGACCGACUUCAAGAACUAAAGCAACGAACAAAAGAAAUCGAACUCUCCAGAGACAGGCAUGUGUUGACUACAGAAGCAGAAGAACAAGGGGUGUUUUUGCAGCAAGCUGUUAUUUAUGAAAGAGAGCCGGUAGCUGAGAGACACUUACAUGAGAUCCAAAAACUACAGGAGAGUAUUAACAAUUUGACAGAUGAUGUUCAAAAAUUUGGGCAGCAACAGAGAAGUCUGGUGGCUUCAAUGAGAAGGUUUAGUCUACUUAAGAGAGAGUCUAGCAUUACAAAGGAGAUAAAAAUACAAGCAGAACACAUUAACAGAGGUUUGGAUGAUUUAGUAAAAGAAGUUAAGAAGUCAGAGGCUGAAAAUGGUCCAUCAGCAGUGGUGACAAGGAUACUUAAAUCUCAGCAUGCUGCGAUGUUCCGCCAAUUUCAGCAAACAAUGUUUACAUACAAUGAUACAUUAGCAGCAAAGCAGGAGAAGUGCAAGACAUUUAUUUUCCGUCAGCUUGAAGUUGCUGGAAAAGAAGUGCCUGAAGAAGAAGUAAAUGAUAUGCUUUAUCAAGGCAAAUGGGAAGUUUUUAAUGAAAGCUUACUUACAGAAAUCACUAUCACUAAAGCACAACUCUCAGAGAUAGAACAAAGACACAAGGAACUUGUUAAUUUGGAGAACCAAAUAAAAGAUUUAAGGGACCUUUUCAUUCAGAUAUCUCUUUUAGUAGAGGAACAAGGAGAAAGCAUCAACAAUAUCGAAAUGAUAGUGAAUGGUACAAAAGAAUAUGUUAACACUACUAAAGAGAAAUUUGGACUUGCUGUAAAAUACAAAAAAAGAAAUCCUUGUAAGGUAUUGUGUUGUUGGUGUUGCCCGUGCUGUGGCUCAAAAUAA